AUGGUGAACGUGGGUGCAGAUGUUACAUUAACGGAGGACGCAUGUUUGCAGAAUUUAACAUCCCGUACUAACUACUAUGAUAAAUUCGAUGGUGGCAGUGGUUCAUGUACUUGUACUGAGGGCUCCAAGGGACAGGUGAGGAGCGUGUUGAAGGGGAUUUCGGAAGUUAAUAAGUGUGCUGAUGAAAUUGUGAAUGGAGCAUGUUGUUUAUCGAAGCAAAACAGUUAUCCGUGGCCCGGAAGUAAGGAGUGUGAUUUUCUCUACUUUUGGGUAGGGGACAUACUAUUGAGUAAAUGUAGCGUUAAAUCAUUAGAAACUUUUCUUGGGAAGGUAUUCGAUGAAUUAAAAAAUUGGACAGAACUGCGGUGUUACGAUUAUAAUUACAAUAGGAAUAUUAGCGAAGAUCUCUUCAGAAAAAGGAAAAAAAUAUUUGACUACUCCUUAGACUAUGGUGACAUACAAUUGUGUUCACUGAAAACUGGGUCCCCAUGUGCAGGGGAAUGUUGCCAAUAUUUGGAGCAAAUUAGUUCAAUAUAUGAAGAUAUAAAGGGUGAUUGUGGUGGGAAUUAUAGGACGGAACCAUACUGUACCCACUUUACAACAGUGUUCAGCAAUGAUAGUAAUAGUCCAGGGACGUUAAAAUUGAAGUGUCCUGGAGGGUUGAGAGCGGAGAGUGAUUCAUCACGGAUGGUAGUAGGAACCAGAUAUAGUCCUGAAGGUCAUGAAGAUAGUGCAGUAUCUUCCCAUACUAGUGACACCACUUCCAAUGGAGGUGGUACGGGUGUCCCUGCUGCUGUGUCUGCUGCUGGUGGACUUGCCGCAAUAGCUUUACCAACGCUUACCUACCUUCUUUACAAAGUAAGUAAAGUAACAAACAUAAUAGAGUUAUAUAUAUAUUACACUUCAUUAUUUUCUGGGAUAAAAAACACCUUCUUUGGAGGCAGCAGCAACCUUUCUGGGAACAGAAGAAAGAGAUCCACCAAACAUGAUUUCGACACACUCACAGAAGACGACACCUUAACGGAAUAUGGAACAGCACCUUCAACAGUAGAUUCAACAGCAGAUUCGACAGAUGGAUCUACCGUAUAUGGUGGGCGACCAGCCACAGGAAGGGCAAAUAAUAAUAGAAGGGGAAAGCAUCGGAAUAUUAGUUAUCAACACAUGUAG